AUGGACGUGGACGCGGUUCUAGAGAUUGACUUCGCCGAUAGGCAGGAAUUCGACUUCCUCAGCUCGGCAUAUUUUCUCCCACAGCACGCCGGGCUGGACGAAAGCAAUGAGAGCAGUGCCACUAGUGAUGUUGGGGAGGGCUCUUACAGUCCUCGAGGUGAAAGCUUCUCUGAGCCUUUCUCUAGUCUCGAUCUCGGUAUGUCGGAGUUGUUGACACUCGCAACACCAAAUUUAGAAGACUGGAACGCCGCCUCUCACGACGUCAGCUUUUUCGAGUCGUCUUGUUCAUGCCUCGUGCAAACAGCCAAUUAUUUCACCAGAUUGUCGCAGUUGGCUACUACUGUCUGUACAACGUUUGCCCGCGUCGAUCUCGAUAAGGCCACGACGCUUCGACUGGCCCUGAACGUGGCCGAGCAGAACAAGGCCACAAUCGGUGCUGUGACCAUCAUCUUGCAGUGUCCCAACAACCAUGACGGGUGCCUUCUCGCACUCGUCUCCUUCAUCGUGUUCAAGAUGCUCAGCUUGUACGCUGCGGUUGCAUGUAAGGAGCCUAAUGUACACAAUCUACUUCCAGCACCAGCCUCUCCGACUGCGUUACCAGAGCCUGUGCUCCCGGGUCAAGGCGUCCUAGACUGUUACCCUGUGGCGAGAAAUGACGAUCCUCGGCAGAUGCAUGGACGAAUUGUGCUCGGUGAGCUCCGACGCGUCCGCUACCUGAUCGUGCAGCUGGUGGAAAAACUCAACUCUCAGUCGGUCACACAAGGGGUAGUGGAAGGAACACAAUCGCAGGAGAGCAUGGACUUGGACACGGAGAUGAGAGUUCCGCUUUCCCGUGUCACGUACCAGCAGCUGGAUCUGGAUCUCCGACGACGGCUGAAGGCUGUGUCGUGGGACAUCGUGGAUCGAAUGACUCGACUCUGA